AUGGCUUCUAAAGGUGCCACGCUAGACAUGUCUCGGUUUUUUGGAACGAGGAAGGAGAAGAUUGGAUUUUGCCAAGAUCUCCUCGCAGACGAUAUUCACACAUUAUUUGAAAUAACCCGGGCAUUCUUUAACUUGCCUCACGAGGAAAAAGUGAAAGUCGAACACGCUCCAGAGGCAAAUCCGAAUCGCGGCUGCAGCUAUGUUGGCCAAGAGAAUGUCGCGAACAUCAGCGGGCAUGAGAAGGGUGUAGGCCCGGGCACAACCCGAGAUAUCAAGGAGACUUUGGAUAUGGGAUGCCCUGAUGAUAGUCUGGUUGACAACCUGUGGCUUCUGGAGGAAGGCUUGCCAGGGUUUCGCAGUUUCAUGGAGAGCUUUUACAGCAAGGCUUUUCAGACCGAGCUAAACAUCCUCUCUGCACUCGCCAUAACCCUCGGUAUAUCCGAAGAACAUCUUCGACUGCUUUAUUGUCGCGCAGAGAACGAGUUCCGCCUCCUGCACUACCCCGCCAUACCAGCUUCGGAACUCAGCGAUGGCUUUGCUACUCGAAUUGCGGAGCAUACUGAUUUUGAUACAAGUACUAUGCUCUUCCAAGAUUCGGUCGGUGGACUUCAAGUAGAGGACCAGACUCAACCUGGCGUUUUCCAUGAUGUAGAGUCAUCCGCAUGCACUGACAUCAUCCUGAAUAUUGGCGACUCUCUUCAACGUCUUACCAACGACACUUUCAAGGCAGCCUGCCAUCGUGUUACUUAUCCUCCCACGGUAAAGGCCAACGGCGACGAGAUUAUUCCCGAGCGGUACUCUAUCGCCUACUUCGCCAAGCCAAACCGAAACGCCCCUCUCCUUCCCUUGACGGAGUUCAUUACGGAUGAAACACUUUGUAAGUAUGAUAGUAUUACAGCGUGGGAGUAG